AAGACAGCCAUGUUCUGAGUGAGAGAGAGACACAGGCAGGGAGAUACAAGAAGCGGAUUGCAUUAAAUGCAUACUUGUUGUGCAAACAAGCAGAUCAUUGUCAAUGGCUUCUGCUCGCCUGCAUUUAAUAUAACGCUCCCUGAGACAUCUGCUGACCUCUGGGGUCAGGAAAAGUAGGACAUAAUAAUAAUGUGUGUUCUUUCAUCCUUCCUUCCUCACUGAAGACCUCUCUCGCCUUGUUCUGGAGUGCCCAGCCUGCUCAAUAAUGGCUACAUCCUGAGUAAUCCACUGGCCACAAGAAGGGGAUACAGCCCCGAGCCCCUGAACAGGACAGAUUUGAAGCUUCUGCACUGAACCCAUGAACAUCUCCAGUGCUCAUGUAGGAUUAUCAUGAUACAACAUGGAGUCUGCAGAGAGGAUAACAACAUCAAACCCAUCCGCAGUGACUUCUUCCUCACCUUCUACCCCAUCUGUAGCAUCAGUGGUGACUAAAGGAGGCCUUUCCACAGGAGUCACCCCUCUGAGCUCCUCGAUUUGUGGACACUUGUUCAGAGCUUCUGGAGAUCAACCAUUCAAUCUGUCCAGUGCCUUUCCAAUGAUCAGCCACCCAGUUUUCGGCCUGCACGCAGCCAGCUCAGGACAUUCCGAAUUUGGUGGUUUGGGAACGCUUGGUGCACCCACAGCCUUAGCAGCACAUCCCCAGUUAGCACAUUUCCCAGAAUGGUGGAGAGCGACAGAUCCGCACACCCGCGCUGCUUUUUUCCCCCCGUUGCUUGGAAUCCCACCCAUAUUUACUCCCCCAUCCCAGAAUCAUGACUCCUCCUUUCAUCUGCGAGGUGCUGGGAAGAACAACCGUGGAGGAACCGAGAAGGGUAUGAAUGGAUCUGUUAAUGGAGCCAGCCCCACACUAGUGACCAGUAACUGCACCUCUGUGUUAUCGACCACUACCACUAAUAGUCCAGGACAGGUGAAGAGUGCAAGCUCCGGAGCGGGGAGCCGUGCAAGCAGCCAGGAGCAAAGCAAAUCUGAUGGCAGAAGUGAAAAGAAUAAAGAUAAGCAAAAACAAAGGAAAAAAACAGUUGAAAGUUCCAGUUCCAGCGACUCCGGGUCCUCAUCCGAUACGUCAAGUGAUGGAGCCAGUAGCAGUGAUUCUGAUGACUUGGAGGAAGAUGACCAAAGCAUAGAAGAGAGUGAUGAUGACGACUCUGAAUCUGAGAGUGAAGCACAAACUAAAAAUAAGAGCAAGGUGCUAAUUCAUAACAUCCCUGACCUGAAACCAGAUGGAAACCAACCGGAGAAGUUGCCGGAGAAACGCGUACACCAGCAGUUACCUCUUGUUCCCGAUUCCCAGAACCGCUCACCAUUCCAGUCCCAGCCAAAACAUCCUCAGGUUUUGUCCCAGCAUCUUCCUUUUAUAUUCCAAAGCUCUCAGGCCAAGGAGGAGGCUGUGAACAAACACACAAGUGUAAUACAAUGUACAGGACUGGUCUCUACUACCAAACCUCUUAGUUUGCUUAAUCAAUCCAGUAAGGAUGCCAGCUUGAAGCAUGGAGCCCCCUCUUCUGAUGGACUCAAACCAGGAAACAAAAAUACCUCUGAAGAACCCAUGCCACAACCCAGCGACUUGAGAAUUAAAAGGGAUCACCACAAACAAGCAUUCCCUGCACAACUAAACAAGCCCCAGGACGGCUCCAAGCAUCAGAAAAAUACAAUUCUAUCACCACCAGUUCCCAGUCCCAUUUCUAACUCCAUAUCUCACCAACAGAAAUCCAUAGAGAAUAGUCACUCCAAUCGCUUCCUAACAAACGCUCUGUUGGGAAAUCACCAGCCAAAUGGAGUCAUUCCCUGUGUUAUCCAGGAUGCCCCCCUGGCGCUUACCACUAAAUCAAAGCGGGAAAAUAAAUUGAGUGAAAAUAUAGUGGUUUCCACUAGCGCCCAGUUUUCCUCUCCAAUCAACCUGAGUUCCUGUGUGAAAAAGAAUUCAUCCAGCAAAUCAGUCCUUGGGCCAAGCGGAUCCCCUUUAUUACAUAGUCUCUGUAAGGAGAAAACCCUGGACAAUAACUCACCAGCAAUAAAAACCUCCCACCAGGUAAAUGCUGCAAAGUCUUUACUGGACAAGUUCCGAGGAACAGACUCGGAUAUCCCCAGCAGCAAGGACUCCGAUGACUCCAAUGAAGAAGAUGACGAUGAGGAUGAUGACGAGGAUGAUGAAGAGGAAGACGAAGAGGAUGAAGACGAUGAUUCAGACAGUCAGUCUGAGUCCGACAGCAAUUCAGAAUCUGACUCGGAGGGAUCGGAAGAUGAUGAUGAUAAGGAUGAAUCUGACAGUGACACUGAAGGAGAGAAAGUGAAGUUCAACAAAACGACUCCAUCUACGAACAGCACAGCAAACAGCAUCGCAGCCCACUCCACACCCCUGAACCUGCAAGUGAUAAAGAGUCCAAGCUCUGCUCCUGCCGCCCUGUGCCCCGAUACAGCGUCCUCUGACUUCCACAGCUCCUCUGCCACUCUCAGCCCCAGCACGCCAUGCGGUUCUGCCAAGCGGCGAAGAGUAACAGAUGAGCGUGAAUUGCGUAUCCCAUUGGAGUAUGGCUGGCAACGAGAAACGAGAUUAAAGAACGUCGGUGGACGGCUCCAGGGAGAAGUGAAUUAUUUUGCUCCAUGCGGAAAGAAAUUCCGUCAAUAUCCAGAAGUUAUGAAGUAUCUCAGCAGAAAUGGAAUAAUGGAUAUCACCAGGGACAAUUUCAGCUUCAGUGCAAAAGUAAGAGUGGGGGACUUCUAUGAAGCCAGAGAUGGACCACAGGGACUGCAAUGGUGUCUCCUAAACGAGGAGGAAAUUGUUCCACGUAUCAGAGCAAUGGAAGGACGCAGGGGACGACCACCUAAUCCAGAGAGGCAGCUUGCUAGAGAGGAAACAAGGCUGAGACGCAGGAAAGGACGACCGCCAAAUGUGGGAAACCCUGAUUUUGCUGUGAACGAUGAAGCUAAGCUCUUCAGAAAGCUUCAAGCACAAGAAAUCGCCAGGCAAGCUGCACAAAUAAAACUUCUGCGAAAGCUUCAGAAACAAGAACAAGCGCGGGCAGCGAAAGAGGCAAAGAAACAACAAGCUAUUAUGGCGGCAGAAGAGAAACGGAAACAAAAAGAGCAAAUUAAGAUGAUGAAGCAACAGGAAAAAAUCAAGAGAAUUGAGCAGAUACGAAUGGAAAAAGAACUACGAGCCCAACAAAUUCUGGAGGCUAAAAAGAAAAAGAAAGAAGACGCAGCAAAUGCCAAAAUAAUGGAGGCCGAGAAACGAAUAAAGGAGAAGGAAAUGCGACGUCAGCAGGCCGUUCUCUUGAAGCACCAGGAGUUGGAGAGGCAUAGACUAGAUAUGGAACGAGAGAGGAGAAGGCAGCACAUAAUGCUUCUGAAGGCUGUAGAAGCUCGUAAAAAGGCAGAGGAGAGAGAACGUUUAAAACAAGAAAAACAAGAUGAGAAACGCCUGAAUAAGGAGCGUAAACUUGAACAACGUCGCUUAGAACUGGAACUGGCCAAGGAACUGAAGAAGCCAACUGAAGAUAUGUGUUUGGCUGACCAGAAGCCCUUGCCAGAACUGCUACGUAUCCCAGGAUUGAUCCUGUCUGGUAGCACAUUCUCCAAUUGUCUCAUGGUGGUACAGUUCCUCCGUAACUUUGGAAAAGUAUUGGACUUUGACAUUCAUAAAGAUAUCCCAUCUUUAAACAUCUUUCAAGAAGGCUUAUUAAAUAUGGGGGAGAGCCUGGGAGAGGUUUUAGAUUUGCUAGUAAGACUCCUAUCUGCUGCCGUGUGUGAUCCCGGAGUCCCACCAGGAUACAAGGCCAAAACCGCCCUUGGGGAACAUUUGAUGAACAUCGGCAUCAAUCGUGACAACGUGUCCGAGAUCCUUCAGAUCUAUAUGGAGGCGCAUUGUGGACAGACUGAAUUCACCGAAAGUCUUAAGACCAAAUCCUUCCAAGCACAUACCCCAGCAGAAAAGGCAUCAGUGUUUGCUUUUCUGGUUAAUGAACUUGCCUGCAGCAAAAGUGUUGUUAGUGAAAUUGACAAAAGUUUAGACCACAUGUCCAAUCUCAGGAGAGACAAGUGGAUGGUGGAAGGCAAGCUUCGCAAGCUGAGAAUAAUACAUGCAAAGAAAACUGGAAAGCGAGACUCCAUUGCAGGCCCCGAAGGUGCAGAUGAGCACCCUUCAUUGGGCACCCCCACACCUGGCAGGAAACGAAGACGGAAGGGCACAGAUAGUGACUUUGAUGAUGACGAUGAGGAUGACACUGAUGACCCAGCAGAUGAAGACGAAGAAGAGGACGACGAUAAAAAAGGGAAAAAGUCUCAGAGCUGUGAUGAUGAGGACGAUGGGGAUCAGACGGCAACUGUAGAAGAACUGGAGAAACAGAUUGAAAAGCUUCUGAAGCAACAAAACCAGUACAGGAAGAAGCUGUUUGAAUCAUCUCAUUCCUUGCGCUCUAUGAUGUUUGGGCAAGAUCGGUACCGGCGUAGGUACUGGAUUCUUCCACAGUGCGGUGGCAUAUUUGUGGAAGGCAUGGAGAGUGGUGAAGGUCCAGAAGAAAUGGCAAAAGAGAAGGAGAGGAAACGCCAAGUAGAAACCAUCCAGAUAAAAGAAGAAGCCAUUGAGAGCUUUGACGAGAAACCUAACUGUGUGAACACCAGCGCUGCGGAACAGAAAUGUCUCAAGGAUAAAGACAGCACCAAUUUAUUUCUCCAAAAACCUGGAUCCUUUUCUAAACUGAGCAAAUUGCUAGAAGUAGCCAAAAUGCCCCCUGAGAUGGACUUUAUAACCCCAAAAGCAAGUGUUUCACCAAACGGCUGCCCUGUGCCUUUCCAGCAUAAUGCCAGGAGCACACCCAUCCACCUGCAGGCCAGCACUUCCCAAUGUAACCCCGAAAAGACAGACUUGAACCCAUUCAGUCCUAUAGUCAGUGGUGCUGGAAAGUUUUACCACUCCCCCAUAAUUCCCAAUGAACAGCUGCUGAAAACUCUUACCGACAAGAGCCGACAGUGGUUCAGUCUUCUUCCUCGGACGCCCUGCGAUGACACUUCAGUAACACACGUAGAGUAUUCCACGUCAGUAGCGACUACCAGCCAAUCUCAGCAACCAUCUCAGUCUCCUUCACCAGUGCCAUCCCCGGGCAUGAACUCCUCUUCUGUACAGAAUAGUUUGGGACUCAGUCCAUUCACCAUGUCUCCACUUCAGAUGAAGCCUGGUUUACCUCUCAUGGGACUACAGUUUUACGGAUGGCCGUCACCAGUAGCGCCAGGAAAUCUCCCUUUUUCUUCUCCAAUGCCAAGUUUUGGACUUGGAUUGGCUGAAGGAAAUGGGCACGCUUUCAUCACCCCAAAUGCUCAAGCCAGCAAAAGUGAAUCUCCUGUGCCACAAAGUGACAAAUCUGUCUGCACCCCAUCUCCUGCCGUGGAGUUACCCAAACAGGUGGAUUUUGCUAGCCCUCGACCAAUUCCAGAAGAAAUGCAGUUUGGCUGGUGGAGAAUCACAGAUCCAGACGAUCUGAAAUCUCUCUUGAAAGUAUUGAAUCUUCGAGGUAUACGAGAGAAGUCUUUACAGAAGCAAAUUCAGAAGCACUUAGACUACAUCACCCAAGCCUGUCUAAAAAAUAGAGAUUCGUUAAUGGACACAAAAGGACAAGAUCAUGGAGAACUGACGAGAGACGUGGUGGAGAACUGGUGCAUGGAGGAUCAUGAAAUGGAGGUGGAUAUCGCCAUUCUUCAGCAGGUGGAAGAUCUGGAGAGACGAGUGGCUUCUGCUAGUCUGCAAGUGAAGGGCUGGAUGUGCCCGGAGCUCGAUUCUGAGAGGGAAGACUUGGUUUAUCACGAACAUAAACCUGUUGCCAAAUGGCAUAAGGAACAUGAUGGAGACCACACAGGAGAUGAAGGCUGCAAUGCAUGUGCUAUAGAACGGAAGAGUGACAACCCACUAGAUAUAGCCAUAACCAGGCUGACUGACUUGGAGAGGAACAUUGAGAGAAGGUAUCUGAAGAGCCCCUUAAGUACCACCAUUCAGAUCAAACUGGAUAAUGUGGGCACAGUUACUGUCCCUGCUCCUGCACCAUCUAUUAGUGGUGAUGGUGACGGGACUGAAGAUGACAUUGCUCCAGGUCUGAAGAUCUGGAGGAAAGCGCUGUCUGAGGCCCGAAGUGCCGCACAAGUAUCACUCUGCAUUCAGCAGCUGCAGAAAUCUAUUGCUUGGGAGAAAUCCAUCAUGAAAGUUUACUGCCAAAUAUGCCGCAAAGGUGACAACGAGGAAUUGCUGCUUUUAUGUGACGGUUGUGAUAAAGGUUGUCACACCUACUGCCAUCGGCCCAAAAUCACAGCUAUUCCAGAAGGCGACUGGUUCUGCCCUGCCUGUAUUGCUAAGGCAAGUGGGCAUACUUUAAAAAUGAAGAAGGCCAGUCUCAAAGGGAAGAAAGGCUCUGAACCGAAAAAAGGAAAGAAAGCAUCAGGGGAUGCCGAAGAUGAAGAUGCAACUACAGGUUCUAGCAAAAAAGGCAGCAAGGACUCCAAAAAAAGGAAAGCGGAUGAAAAUAAUGUUAGUCCUGCAAAACAGGAAAGUUCCCCAGCCACCAAGAAAUCUAAAACCCCAGUCAAAGACGACUCUAAGGAUUUGGGUCUCUGUAGUAUAAUCUUGUCUGAAAUGGAGUCUCAUGAGGACGCUUGGCCUUUUUUGCUUCCUGUUAACUUGAAACUGGUUCCUGGUUACAAAAAAGUCAUCAAGAAACCUAUGGACUUUGCAACCAUCAGAGACAAACUGAGCAAUGGCCAAUACCCAAAUUUUGAGGCUUUUGCACUGGACGUCAGACUUGUCUUUAACAACUGUGAAACAUUUAACGAAGACGAUUCUGAAAUCGGCAGAGCUGGACACAAAAUGCGGAUACAUUUUGAGAGAAGAUGGACGGAAAUUUUCCACAUGACUUGAAACCAUUUGACGAUACUUUAUCCUGAUAACAGCAAGACCAGCAAUGUGCAUGAUAGCUACACAUCCGAGACCGAGGCGUCAUCAAUACAAGUCAUAGGUUACAACCUCAAUCCUACCAUGACGAUAACCCUUUUUCCAUUUUUGUUUAGUUUUAUUUUGUUUGCGUGUACGUUUCAUCGACCACUCCUGUCCUGUCGCGCAGGGGGGCGUACACUCAAGUCAAAACCGAAAACUAAAAAAAAAAAAGGGUGUCAUAGUGCAAUAGGUAAUAGAAUAUAUCGAAACGCACUGAUUCUUCAUCCACCAGAGCUGUACUGAGGACAUGGUUACCCAUUCCUUUUCAAUAAAUAUCUAUUUUUUAUUGUUUAAUAUUAUUAUUUUGUUAUAUUUUUAUUACUUUGUAGCUUCCUGUUAGUGAAUGUAUUUAAUUUUAUGAAUUAUUUAUGAUUAAACAACAGACCGAAUCUUCGUUUUCUGUGAAAAGGAAGACUAGAGAAUAAAAUAAAAUAAAAAAAAAAUUGCUUUAACUCUUGAAAAUACAAGAAUGUUAAGAAAUAAAAUAAAAAAAAUAAAAUAAAAAUUAAAAAAAAAUGGAAUAAAAAUAAAACAAGCCAAGUAAAACUGUUUACACAGAAGUGCUGAAACGGCACUGGAACGGAACUUUACUGUAAAGUUACAAGAACAUUUAUAUAUAUUCAUUGCUGCAUCACUCAUAUAGGUAAAUUGUAUUUCAAGAUGGUGAAGACGAAAGGAAAACUAUGUAUAUAGUGUUCACUAUUGUUUAUAUUAAGUCUUGUUUAAAUCUGUAUGAUGUGUACAUAUUGUUUGCUGGCAUCAGGUAUGAUGUCUGUUUUAGAAGGAUUGUAGCAUUUUAUUUUAGUUAGGUGAAUAUUAACCUAUAACCUGUACAGUAUCCUCUACAAACACUGUGGCGUCUCCCUGACAUUGGUAGUGCCUGCCUUCAAAACAGGGUGUAGGGGAUAUGACAUUGUGUUGUUUUUUUUUGUUUUUUUGUUUGUUUUUUUUUUUUUUUAUAUAUAUAUUAUUUUGUUUCAUGUUUUUUCUAUGAUUAUUAUUAUUAUAAUAUUUGAUUUAUUUUAUUUUCAUUUUUUGUCAUAUCAUUUGAAGCCAAGUAGGCCUGAAAAAAAAAAAAAAAGUAUAAUCAUUUGUAUCCAUGUGAAAUUAAACGUGUGACAAAUUUCCUACACGCAGUAUUUUUUCAUAGAUGCAUUUCCCGUCAUUCGCCUCGCCACUGAAAUGAUGAUAAUAAAAGGAAAAAAAAAAAAAAACAAAAAAAAAACUAAGACAAAAAAACCACCACAAAGACAUUUGUAACCACUGUGUUUUAUCUACUGUGUGGUAUGGUGGCCUGUCAGAGGCAACGAGAUCAGACAUUUUUUGUACCAAUUGUACUUGAAGUUGUUUUAUUUAAAGCAAAAAUGUUGUGAAAAGGGUAGUUUUUUUCACUAGUUUGUGUGGCACGGAUACAAUAAACGACUGUUUUGCAAUA